UGGUCUGAGGUCUCAAAUCAAAUGUCAAUCUCAUAACUCAAUUUUCAAAAAUCAAAGUUCAAAUUAUUCCCACAUUUUGUUAAUUUUGUGAUUUGUACUGUAAAAAUGAUAGAUAGAUUUUGUUUAUAAAAUAAAGUAUAAAAUCAAUUCGUUUCAAAAUGGCAUUCAAUUUAGGAUUUAUUGGUGGUGGGAAUAUGUCCACAGCAAUCGCAAAAGGAAUAUUAAAAAAUGAAAACCACCCACCAUCAAAACUUUGGGUAGCAGGACCUCGAUUGAAUAAUCUACAACAUUGGAAAGACUGGGGCGCCAACCUGACAACUAACAGUGGUGAACUAAUUGAACAAUGUGAUGUUGUAUUUAUUGGUGUAAAACCUGGAGUAUUAAAUGAAGUAGUAACUGACUGCUUGCAGACAGUCAAGCCAACUUCAAAAAAAGUAUUAUUUAUAUCAAUGUUAGUAGGAAUUACUAUACAACAAUUGCACAAGGCUCUAAAACAAUUGCCUAUAGAAUCAAGUGUGAUUCGUAUACUGCCCAAUUUACCAAUGGCAGUAGGAGCUGGAUCUUGCUUAUAUUCAGUAGACAAUCAGACAACUCAGGAUCAGUGCACAUUACUAGAAAAUUUAUUGCAAGGGUGUGGAGUUGUUGAAAAAAUUCCUGAAAAUCUCAUAAACCAACUUGGCACCCUCACAGGGUGUGGCCCUGCCUUUAUGUACAUGGUAAUAGACGCUCUAGCCGAUGGGGUCGUCAAGCUGGGAGUUCCUCGCGCGAUGGCAAUAAGGCACGCUGCUCAGAUGGUGGCCGGCAGCGGGCAGAUGGUGUUGCAGAGUGGCAAGCAUCCAGCUGUGUUGAAGGAUGAGGUGUGCUCACCAGGAGGAUGCACUAUUUGUGGUGUUGCUGCUCUGGAGAAUGGGAAGUUGAGAGCCACAUUGAUCAAUGCUCUCGACGCAGCUUCAUCGAAAACUAAAGAAAUUGGUGACAAGUAGAUACUCCACAUUCACCACAUUUUAUUUUGCUAUUAGAUAGCAUUAGUUGUAAGUUAUAAGCAAACAAAGUUUCGAACCCUUAGUACCUGUCAAGAGAUUGAUAUUAUUAUAUUAUCUGUAACAUUAUUAUUUUGGAAUCCUUCCUAAAAAGCUUGCUUGUGUUUUUAGUGUUAUUUCAUAUAUGAACAUUGGACAUAUUUAAGGCCCGCACAUACAGUGGAUUAUACUGUAUUAUAUUUAUUAAAUUGGCGCACAUAACCUAAACUUUGUGGACAUGAAGAUAACGGAGGUCUAAAUAAAAAUAACAUGUAGUUCAUUUUAUUUAAUUAUUAUGAAAAUUAUCAUUGUCUAUUCAUUAGCUGUCUCUAAAAAUAUAAUAUUUGUAAUUAUAACUAAAGCGGAUUUUUACGUUGCUAUGCCAUUGUGUUUUGCGCUUACCUAUAUUAUAACAAUUAUUACCUAACAUGCUAUUCAAAUGCUAAUAGACACGAUUUGACAUGGUGAUGUCACUCACAAAAUACGUCCAUUUAGUAUUUGAAUAGGGUGUUAAUUAAAAGCAUAUUCACACCAAGCACGUACACGUGACACGCGCGUAGUGACGCGCGUGAAUCCGUAGACAUAACUGCACGCAU